AUGGAGGCGAGCUGCUGCGGCGUGAGCGAGCGGUCCGUGGGCUGCUGCUCGCUGCUGCUGUGCGUGUGCUGCCGGCGCUGCGAAGAAGUGCGCUUCAACUGGUCGCGGCGGCGGAACUCGUGGCGGCUGUCGUUCUUUUACCGCGUGAUGACGUGCGUGGCGCUGCUGGGGGCGCUGCUGACGCUGCUGCUGCAGCUGCUGAUCCGCAGCCUCAGCUUCUUCCGCAACUACCGCUGCGGGCAGCGCGCCGUGGGGCUCCUCAGCGUCAACUUCACCCUCACCAUUUGCCUCACUGCUGCUGCGGGCCUCUUCGCAGUUCUCAUGGCGCGCAUUCUGGCGAUGUUUGGCCGCUUUUCGGUGGCCGAGUUCGCGGGCCUGGGCCCCUGGAUGCGUCGCCUGGGGUUUCUUUCCAAGUGGGGCCCCUGGGCCGUGGCCUUCAUAGCGGACUGUUUGCUGCUGCUCUCUCUCGUCAACAGCAUUUGGAUCUUUGCUGCGCCCCACGACUGGUGCAGCAGGAGGUGGAACCAGGCCGCGGUCGUCGCCGUCGACAACUGCAGAAUCUGGUACGGAGGCAACGCCGCCUGCCUCUCCACAGAGGAGAACAACCAGAACAAGGAGUCUGGGCUGGUGACUUCGUGCAACGACGGAGUGGAGUUGAUGUCUUUGAAGUUUUUGUCUUUCACUCCCAAGGAGGGCAGCGGGGGCUGUUCGUUCCAAGACAUUCUGGUGUGCAGGGCGUACGCGAACUACCGCAACGGCGCACCACUGGACUGGUCCAGUGGUCCACUGGUCCAGUGCAGCGGGGACUCCGUGGAGGGCCCCGACCAGUUCCACGACAGCCUUACUGAAAAGAGUGACCUCUACCGCUACCUCAUGAUUUACGUUCAGGGUUGGACUGUCACUCUCAUCACUGUCGUUUGCUUCUUUCUCUACACCAAAGUCAGCUCCAACUUCGACUCUCUCUUCUUCCAACCCAAAACCAAACACGCCAACAUCCUCUUCAGGAUCGGAGCCCCGCAAACCCCAUUCCACGACAUACUGCGGCUUGAUGGCCCACCGAACAGCAGCAGCAGCAGCAGCAGCAACAGCAGCUGCAGAAGCAGCAGCAGCAAGACUUCUGCGAGCACAUCUUGUCGCUGCUGCUGCCAACUGGAAGCAGCUAGGGCAGGAAAUGCAGCAGCUGAGGUGUACAGACAGCUCUGCAAGAACCGCGCAGCAAAUGUGCAGCUCCUGGAGGCCCUCCAGUACAACUGCCACAGCAGCAGCAGCAGCAGCAACAGCAGCAGCAGCAACUGUUGUGCUGCAGCAGCAGCUGCGAGGCCCACGGCGAUUGCCCCAGGAGCAGUGGCGGACCCCAGAGCUGCUGCAACAGCAGGGGAGGCCCGCGCCUGCAGAGUCGUGCUGAGCAGUAGCGCAGCAGCAGCAGCAGCAGCAGCAGCAGCAAGGCCAGCAGCGGCCAAGCCAUAUGGAGCCUGCAUCUUGUUAGAGUCCGACCAACUUGUUGCUCCUUGCAUGGCCCCCUUCGUAUUUUCGCGGCGCUGCAGUUCCUCUGCAGCAGCAACUGCAGCAGCAGCAGCAGCAGUAACGGCAGCAGCAGCAACAGCAGCAGCAGCAACAGCAGCGACUGCUGCUGCUGCUGAGGCGCAGGUUGCGGAGCUGCUGGAGUGGCACAUUUUUGGCUGCCUCUUUUUUCCUGCUGCUGACGAAGGGCCUACAGCGCUUCUUGUCGCAGUAGAUGCUGCAAGGGGCCCCACAGCAGCAAUGCACACGCUGCAGCAGCAGCAGCAGCAGCAGCACCAAGAGUUGCUGCUGCAGUUCUUCCACCUGUCAAGCCUCCGUGCUCAGCGACUCGCCGCGGAAGUUCCCUUAGGUGACCUCACCCACGUCACUUGCUGCUGCUACUUGGCUAGGGUUGCCCCACAGCAGCAGCAGCAGCAGCAGCAGCAGCAGCAGCAGAAGCAAGAGCACAUGCUCACUCAAGAGACACUUGUUGCUGCAUGGGAUGCAGCUGCCAGGCGUUUUAUUAUCGUGCAGCUGAGACCUUCCUACAUGCAGGAGCAGCAGCAGCAGCAGCAGCAGCAGCGACAGGGCCCGCAGCAGCAGCAGCAGCAAAUCGUCUCCGUAGAAGCCUUGAAUGCGUCUGCGGCUUCAGUGCCUGUAGGGCGAGGUAUGGAAGAAUCCAGCUUGGAAAUUUCAGCAGCAGCAGCAGAGGCUGCAGCAGCAGCAGCAGCAGCAGAAGCAGCAACUGCUGCUGCAGGCCUCCCCAUCAGCAGCAGGUGGUCAUAUAUUCCUUUCCUGUCUUCUCACUUCAGCGGGUCACCUCUCCCAGUUUGCAUGCAGUGGGUGCAGCCCUGCUGUACUGCAGCAGCAGCUAAGAAGCAGCAGCAGCAGCAGCAGCAGCAGCAGCAGCACUGCAUCUUCGCUCAACAGCUGCCACCGCUGCUAGUGGGGUUUUCUGACGGGUCCAUCUCGCUGCUGACUUUUCCAGAAUUGGAGGAAUUAACGCUUCUGGGCCCCACAAGUGGAGGCCCCCCUCGCCUGUCGGAGUUCGUAGGUGGCCGAGGUCUCUGCAGCUGGGAUGAUUUGCUGCUGCUGCUGCAGAUUGAGUGCCACUGCAGCAGCAGCAGAAGCAGCAGCAGCAGCAGCAGCAGCAACAGCAGCUACGGCGACGAUGGGAAUCUUAGAGUCUAUCUGCUGAGCUACUGCAGCAUCUCUGAAGUGGUACCAGAAGCAGCAAAAGGGAGCGCUGCUGCCCCAGCUGCUGCUGAAGAUGCUGCUGCACCUGCAGCAGAUGCAGCAGCCGCUGCUGCUGCUGCAGGCGCACUUCAGCGGGAUACCGUUGCAGAUGCCGCUGCAGCUGCAACUGCAUCAACCGCAUCAGCAGUAGCAGCAGCAGCAGCAGCAGCAACUGCAGCAGACAGUACACCGAUGGCAGCCAGGAGCUCCAGUGGCCAGGCCCCGUAUGAACUGCAGCAGCUCAAUUUCAACGGGGGAACAGCAACUGUGACAAUGCGGCGCCCGUCCUGCAUUUGCUUCCUUGACAUACGCCGCAGGGUGCAGCAGCAGCAGCAGCGGCAGCAGCAGCAACAGCAGCAUCAGCAACAGCAGCAGGUAAGCGAGGUACAUGACGCAGGUGGGCCAUUUGAGAGACUCCGAGCCGCAGCACGAAGGGCUGGGGCGGUACUUCCUGAGCCAGCUGAAGACGGGGCGUGUGUUGGAGCAGCAGCAGCAGCAGCAGCAGCAGCAGAAACAGAAGCAACUGCAGCAGCAACAGACGCGAGGGGGUCAGGGGUCAGUUGGCUGCUGCAGUGGGGUGUACCUCCACCUCAGCGCGCUCUCCUGGCACUCGCAUCUUUGUCUCUUUCCCUAAGGAAGCAGCCAGACCAGCAUCAGCAGCAGCAAGCCGCAGCAUCUGCAGCAGCAGCAGCAGCAGCAGCAGCGGUAACGCUGAAGCCCCGGCUGGCCUGCUGCGCCUCAAAGCCAAUUGGCUGUGUCGUUGCUGAUGAGCAGUGCUGCGCCUUCGCCCUUGAGGGCUCUCCAGCCCUUUAUAUUAAACCCAUAGAAGAGGGGCCCCCAAGGGGGCCCCCAGCAGGAGGCCCCCCCACAGGGGGCCCCCUUACAGGGGGCCCCCUGCGGGGGGGCGCCCCUUCUUCGGGGGCCCUCACUACAGGGGCCCCUUCUUCGGGGGCCCUCACUACAGGGGCCCCUCCCACAGGAGAGCCCCCUACAGGGGGGCCCCCUAGAGGGGCCCCUCCUUCUGGGGUGCCCCUUGCAGGGGCCCCCCCUCCGGGGGGCCCCACAGUAGAGGGGCCCCUGGGGCCCAAGUUUGCUGUGGGGUGGGGCCUGAGGUGUAUAGACACCCGAGCAGUGAACCCCCCAGGGCUGCUGGGGGCCCCCUCGCUGCUGUCUCGUUCGUGGCUUGUGGGGAGAGCAGCAGAAAUGGAAGUGCAGCAAAUGGCGCUGCAGCAGCUGCAUGCUGUGGGGCCCUUUCUUGUUGCUGCUAGGAGGCACGAGCGGCUGCAGCUGCUGCUGCUCCCGCUGCAGUGCCAGCAGCACCUGCUGCCACUCACACCCCGCCCGCUGCAGCAGCAACAAGAGGAGUUAGGCGCGCCUACUGCUGCUGCUGCUGCUGCUGCUGCUGCGACACAGUGGGACAGCUAUGACUGCAGCCAUAUUCGUAUCACUGCAACCCAGGCCUUUGCUGCUGCUGCUACUGCUGCGGCGGCAGCGGUUCCACUCUGUUUAGGUGUAUGUCCACCUCAAACGGAGGCAGAGGGGUGCAGCAGCAAUAGCAGCCACACCAAAGAAGCAAGUAGAAGGCUCAUUCAGCAGCAGCUGCUACGAGGAGCUGCAGCAGCUGCUGCCGCUGCAGCUGCUGCAGCAGCAAAUGCGCUGGCACGCAGCCAAGGCGCCUGUGGGAUGUGUAGCGCGAGCAGCACCGGAAGCAGCAGCCAGCAAGAGCAGCAGCAGCAACAGCAGCAGCAGCAACAGCAGCAGCAGCAACAGCAGCAGCAGCUCAGCAUUGUAUCAGGAGGAAUAAAAAUGACAUUAAUUGUUGAAUAG